AUCAUUGAGUCACUUCAAUAUUAGCUUAGUUGCAACUAGUCCUCUGAAUAAAGCUGUCGUUAAUAGGUUUUGUUGAUAAAGACUUCUAUUAAUCUUCAUUGUGAAUCUUGUUCACAAUCUAAAUUUCGAUCGAGCAGUUAACUGACUAAAGAACAAUAACCUAGUUUUAUAAUUUCGCAUCUAAUAUUGUUAUUAAUGUUUAAUCGGCGAAGUAAAAAAAAAUUGUGUUGUGAAAUAACAGAUAAAAAAAUUUAUUAGACUCCUUGUUUUGAACACUAACUGUUUAACAUGGAUCGAAAAGCAGGUUGCCCUCUGGCGGCUGGGACUUCACAACCUCCCUGUAAGCGUCGUCUAUCGAACAACUCAGCUGAUACAACAAAACAUAGACAGCCAUGCUUCAGGAUAGCAGAAGCUCUAAAUAAAUCAUUAGCAGAAGCUCUGGAUAAAUCAUUAGCAGAAGCUGUGGGUAAAUCAUUAGCGGAAGCUCUGCAUAAAUCAUUAGCAGAAGCUCUGGGUAAAUCAUUAGCGGAAGCUCUGAAUGAAUCUUUAACGGAAGCUCUGGGUAAAUCAUUAGCGGAAGCUCUGCAUAAAUCAUUAGCAGAAGCUCUGGGUAAAUCAUUAAUGGAAGCUCUGAAUGAAUCUUUAACGGAAGCUCUGGGUAAAUCAUUAGCGGAAGCUCUGCAUAAAUCAUUAGCAGAAGCUCUGGGUAAAUCAUUAAUGGAAGCUCUGAAUGAAUCUUUAACGGAAGCUCUGGGUAAAUCAUUAGCGGAAGCUCUUGAUAAAUUAUUAGCGGAAGCUCUGGAUGAAUCAAUAGCAGAAGUUCUGGGUAAAUCAUUAGCAGAAGUUCUGGGUAAAUCAUUACCGGAAGCUCUGGGUAAAUCAUUGCCGGAAGCUCUGGAUAAAUCAUUGCCGGAAGCUCUGAAGAAGCAAAAGGAAAAAGCUGACAAGGAUACUGCUUCGAGUGCUGACGAAGAGCAUGAAUCUGAAACAGACAGUAAUGAAACUACUAAAUUAGGUGACGACGACGUAACUUUUGAAAAAUCUAAACAAAAGAAUGAAAUUCCUACUUUUGAACUACCCCCUGAAUUCGAUCCAGCCGACUCCAGGUGGACAUUGAAGCAUAAGAAAUAUAGCCUCGAACUUAAGGAACUGAUACCCGAAAGUGGCGUAUACAUAAAUGCUAGUUCCUUUGAAUACAUUAAAACGUUAGCGAAGGAUGCUUCAGAUUUAGUUCGCGCGCUGAUGCCAGAGAUAUUUUGCGACCCAGCCUUGAGAGUUUGCAGUUUAAAAGGUGAAGCAAGAGUUUCCUAUCCCAACAUUCCUAGACCUGGCUUAGAUGCUAAUGCCGUCAGAACGAUAAUUAGAUUUGUUGAUGAAUACGGCGCAAAAAAAAACUGGGACAAGUGUGGGACAGACAUUCGUUCAGUUAUGAGUCAAAGGUUAUAUAGAUUAAGAAAACAAAACAAAAUACACGCACAGAAAAAAAAUACAGACUCCCCGCGGGGGAAAAAAUAGGCACCGCUCAUUAUAUCCUUGUGUUAUUUUUUUGAAAAUCAAUAGGUACUUAAUUAGAAUUCAUAUUGAUUUUAUUCAAAUAUAAACAUGUCCGUUUUAAUUAUAAUUAGUGUAUAUUAUAUACUAACACGCCUAUUUUUAUAAUUAAUUACGUAAUGGGCCUUAAUUGUAUGCCCAAAUAGGCUGAUUGAUCUGCACUGUAUGAGAUCAUCUCCCCCCCAUCCCCUUUUCCCAACUAAUUUGGAUCGGCUUCCAGUCUUACUGGGUGCACCUGAGUACCAGUGCCUUACAAGGACGACUGCCUAUCUGACCUCCUUUUUUAUAAUUUUAUAAAUAAAUAACUUGGUUCUUUA